AAGGUAAUCAUGGGCAAAGUACUGUUUGUGACGGCUCUGACCCUGCUGCUGCACGCGCAGCUCGGCUCAUCCUACAUACUGUCAUGCUACUUCACAAACUGGGCACAGUACCGACCACCUCCAACCAUCUUUAUGCCCACUGACAUCGACCCAUGCCUGUGUACCCAUCUGAUCUACGCCUUUGCCACCAUCAAGAACAACAAACUGGCCACGUAUGAGUGGAAUGAUGUGGAGCUUUACAGUCAGUUCAAUGGCCUGAAGAACCAGAACGGCAACCUGAAGACUCUUCUGUCAGUCGGAGGCUGGAACUAUGGCUCCACAGGAUUCUCCCAAAUGGUGUCGAGCCCUGCCAACCGUCAGACCUUCAUCAGCUCCGUCAUUUCAUUCCUGAGGCAGUAUGAGUUCGACGGGCUGGACAUCGACUGGGAGUAUCCAGCCAACAGGGGCGGCUCCUACAGCGAUAAAGAGAACUACUCAGUUUUCCUGCAGGAGAUGAGAGCCGCCUUUGAGACGGAGGCCAAGCAGAGCAACCGGGCUCGUCUCCUGAUGUCCGCUGCUGUAGCGGCCGGAAAGGACAACAUCGAUUCUGCUUAUCAGAUUCCCAAACUUGGCCAGUCCCUGGAUAUGAUCAAUGUUAUGACCUAUGAUUUCCACGGCUCUUGGGACCCCAUGACUGGUGACUGCAGCCCCUUGUUCCAAAGUCCUGAGGACCAGGGUGACUUCAUAUAUUUCAACGUGGAUUAUGCCAUGAACUACUGGAAGAGUCAGGGAGCCCCUGCUGAGAAGCUGAUUGUCGGUUUCCCCACAUACGGCAACACCUUCACUCUUAAGAACCCCGCUGACCACGGGGUUGGAGCACCUAUUGCCGGGGCUGGAACUCCAGGAAAGUACACGCAGGAGGCUGGAGAGCUGGCUUACUUUGAGAUCUGCGGAUUCUUGUCAGGUGCGACUGAGGUAUGGAACCAGGCCCAGGAUGUGCCAUAUGCCUACAAGGGAAACCAGUGGGUGGGCUAUGACAACAUGAAGAGCUUCCAGAUCAAGGUUGACUGGCUGAAGAAGAGUAACUUUGGUGGUGCCAUGGUGUGGACCCUUGAUAUGGACGACUACUUGGGCACUUUCUGCAACCAGGGAAAAUACCCAAUGAUUAAUGUUCUCAAAAAGGGUCUGAAUCUGGAACAAGCAUCCUGUGCCCCUCCUGCCACUCGCCUUCCUCCGAUUGCCGGAGUGAGCACAAGCUCUGGAGGCAGCUCUGGAGAAAGCUCUGGAGGCAGCUCCAGUGGCGGCUCCAGCACCGGCAGCUCCUCUGGUCGGGACUCAGGCACCAGCGGCAUGAACAGCGGCUUCUGUGCCGGAAAGGCCAACGGCAUGUACCCCAACCCGACCAACAAGAACCAGUUCUACAACUGCAGCAGUGGGAAAACCUACUUCCAGAACUGUGCUGCCGGCCUGGUCUUCAGCAGCGCCUGCUCUUGCUGCAACUGGUCCUAAAGCUAUAAAUAAAGUUAUAGAUUGACUGGUUAACCAUUCAAAGGCUGCUGGGUCUGUUCUACAUUUGUUCUGAUAAGUUCUCAGAGGUUAAAUUCUCUCAGUGCAAAGUCUGUCCCUUCACACGCUGGAUGUUAAACAAUGUAAAACCCAAGGCUGAAUAGUUAAUUUUGAAA